UCGCGUGACGAUCGCCGGUUCUCCGACGAAAUCGCUCCGUAAAGGACCCGUCCGGUCGAGCGUCGAGCCUCGGCCGGUUCGCGACGAAACGGUCGGUGUCCUCGCUUCGAUUCGAGCCGAACCGGGACAGGACCAGAGAUCAAUCCUUAGGACGAGGACACGGGCACCAGGGAGGGAAGAUAGUAUGACGGUGAUGCUGCUGCAACGUUCGGUCACCCCGCAGUCGACGCACAGCCAAAAGACAGCGAACAAGGACUGCAGAGCGAAACCGCCCCCCUUAUUCCUAUUGGACGACCGUCGAGAGUACCGAUACUCCACGGAUAACAACGCCGCGAUCCCUAUUAUCGCUACGACCAAUCGCAACAGCAACAACAACAGCACCACUAACAACAACAACAACAACAACAAUACCAUCAUCGUGACCGAGGACAUCGGCAACAACAACAACAACAACAACAACAUUUACAACAACUUUGUGCUGGAGAGAGAAGCCAGAGAGGACAGAGAGGACAGAGGGUCGAGCUAUAUCCCGUUCGCCGCCGAGGACGCGGCGACGUCGGUGACGUCGGUGACGUCCCAAAGACGCGCCGACUGUGGCCAGGACGUCGCGAUGCGAUAUUACCGGCUCUGGAUCUACACCUGUAACUUGGUGCUGCUCGGUAGCGCGCUCGGCUUCGCCGUCGCGGCCACGGCAACACUUUUAUUCACCGGCGACCCGCGCCGAUACGUGGUCCCAGGGGUGCCGCGCGCGUUCGACCCGACCGCGCUCUACGCUUAUCUCGCCCUGGCCACGCAGCUCGGCCUCGUGCAGCUGUUGGGCUGCAUAGCCGCCAGAAGGCUCAACGCCAGGCUGCUCAACGCCUACUGGGUGCUGCUUUUGGCUCUCGUGUUCGGCGACGCGGUGAUGGGCCUCGUCUGGGUCUUCCGGUUCGAGAGGAUGCUCGCCGAGCUCAGGCCCAACCUCAGGCAACGGCUUCAGGCCGAAUACGGCAGGGAUCUGCGGUUCAGCGAGCAGUGGGACCGUUUGCAGAAGGAGUUCGCGUGCUGCGGGGUGGUCGGUCCCAGAGACUUUGCCGGGGCCGGGAACAAUCGGCCCUGGCCGCAGACCUGCUGCGGGCCCAGCGGUAACGCGACCGACACCUGCCAGCAGCCGUACGCGAGGGGCUGCGACGAGUCCCUGGUCGGAUGGCUCAGGAAAACCGCGGACCUGCUCUUCAUCCUCGGCUUCUGCGUGGUCGCGUUCGCCAAGCUCUGCUUCCUCGGGAUCCUGCGGUACGAGAUCAGGGAGAUGAUACAGAAGAUACGGCUGCUCCGGGAGCCGCCCCCGUCCGCCACGACCCUCGCUCCGUCCUCCUCGUUGCAGAUCACGCCGGAACCAAUCAACAACGGAAGCGUCGUUCGACGGACAACCCUGCCCAACGCUCUCACCCCUUCCGGGAACGCGUCGUUUCUGCUGCAAACGGAGGACUGUAGCGCGGGCCGGCACCUUCUGCUGUCGAACAACCUGCAGGACGGGGGUGCGGACAGCGACACGAACAGCCAUUCCGGCCUGAUCGUCGAGGAGACGACGCUGACGUCGACGAGCCACAGCUGCAACGCCCGGCAGAAGAGCAACGGGAACAACAACUACGAGAUGCGAGAGUUCAACAGGAGGCUGCUGCUGUCGAACGGCGGCAGCCCGGUCACGGGGAUAACGACGGCCGGUCAGGGCAGGCGCACCUGACUAUGGAAGUGGUUGCGAAACACCUCGAACCGACUCCUCUACAGGAGCAACCGGUCCGCCGAGAUCACCGUGUAUAAGUAAGCUCGCGUGCGCGCUUAUCGGCCUCUGCCCUAUGCCCGAUGGCGAACGGCUUACGGCUUGUGUCUUACGUCUUGCGUCGUACGUCUUGCGUCUCCUGUCUCGCGACUCGUGGCUCGCGAGAGCUCGCGGAACCGUGAAACGGUGCUCCGGCUCCCUUAAAGUCCCUGCCCUGCCGCGAAAGCGACCACCGGCCGCUCCUCGGAUUCAUUUCCAAAGCUGAAUCGGAACUGGGUCAGCCCCGUGCCACCUUGACGUAACCGCUCCACCCGGGAUAGGGCCAGGGAGAUGCUCGAUUCCCGUUCCCGGGUAAGGUCCAGCGCGGGGCUCGGAAUUAAGUGCGCGCGGCACGGCUACGCCACCCGAGAAGUCACGAGAAGUCGCCGCGCAAGGAGCGCAGCGGCGACGCACGCGCAGAGACUUCCGCGCAGGCGGCGUGGCCCGUCUACCGGGUGAACAUUGUAAUUCUGAACUACGAUGGCGACGCGACGCAGAGCCACUGCCCGUUUCGCAGUUCAAAAUUGUAACGUUCGCUGGGUAAACACCCUGCGUCUCUGCGCGCAUGUCUCCCGCGCGUGCGUCGCCUGCUUUCGCUACUUGCGUAGCGACUUCGCGCGUAACGCAGCACACAUGAAGCAACAGGCACACGCGCCCGACGUGCUCCGAGCCGAAAGUGGCGACCACGGGGGAGCGAGACGCUGCGACGAGAGUCGGGAGGCGUAGCCCUCGAUGUCGCCGUGUUGCGUGCACUUUAAUUCCGAGCCCCGGUCCAGCGGACUCGCGAUCGCGAUCGCCUCGAGCUCGCUUCCGGCCGACGAUUCUACUCUCCGAGGGUAGAAGCGAGAAGGAUCGGGCCCUCGGGCACGGUCGGCUCUGCUCUCCUCAGGGCCCGAGGGCCCGAGGGCCUUUCGGGCCAGUUCAUGUUUCAGUCUCGCGAAACGUCUCGUGUGCGGCGUGUGUUCGCGCUGCCCGUAGUCGGCGUUCUCGCGUGACCGAUCGUCGUCGAUUCGGCUCCCCUUUUAGACUUUAGAAUACUGAAACGGAUUGGAAUCGUCCUGCGAAUAUCGAAGCGACCGAAACACGACCUAUGCGUCGCUCGCAAGCUGCUCGGGAAGAAAGCAACCGAUCGAUCGCGGGGGCGGGAAACGGCGGCGUGAUCCGAGAGAACGGUACUUUUCCUAGUCGAAGAAACCGGAAAGGUGGAAGCGGACGAGAAUACAAUAAUUAGAUCGUAGUGUACAGAAGAAAACUAAAGAUAUACAGACAUGUAACGAGUAUAUACGCGAUACGCACGCACGCACGCGCGCGCGCGCGCGCGGAGAGAAGCGGACGGUUUUUUUCAAUCGAAACGAUCGGAAGCGCAUCAUUCCUGAGAAGACAAUACACGCGCUCGUAGAGACGGUAGACCAAACCGCAAGCGAACCGGUGGACACGUUCGAGCUAUUGAUUUUUCCUGCGUCCGCAAUCGUGUUCCGGUUUCGCAGGUGCACAAGCUAGUUCCAAAUCGAAUCCGAUGGAGGGUUUGUGUUCGAUUGCUCUCCUCCCUCUCUCUCCCUCUCUCUCUCUCUCUCGUAUUCCCCUGUCAAAGCGACAGCUUUACCCCUCGAAAUUGCGACAACUUGUUUCUCUGUCCCUCGAUACCCUUUCGCGCGCGAUUCCAGCGACGACGCCCACGUUCUCCCGUUGCCUCGAAAACUUGGAACGGUCGGGCCCCGCGAGAAGACGAAAACGAGACGAAAAGGAGACGAAAACCGCGCGAAAGGAAGAGAAAAGCUUUCAGGCCUCGUUCAGAGAGUCUCGAGAGAGAGCCUCGAUCGACGAGCAAUUAACCUUUUAGGUACGGCUGAAUUCUGCGCGAGGCUAUUUCUCUGGACGGCAGAGUCUGAUACUGUAUAUA